CUGACAGUAGAGGCUGCCCCAGCUCCCGUUCUCACCAGUCAAAUCAAUUCCGGCAACCGAUACGCCUGUCGACGCGCGAACCAUGCCGCGCCUCGUUGCGCUCUGGUGGCCCGUGCUAACAACAGUAGCGCAGCCGCAGGACCCGUCGCUGGUCGGCUGGCGCAUGGUCGACCGCUUCGCGGGCUUCCGGUACGAAGUGAAGGGCCCGCACGUCGUGCAGUCUGGGUUCCACACCGCGGCCGAAAAGCUCGCGGACGAGCUGGGCUGCUUCGGCUGGAUCCAGGACUCGGAGUUCCGGACCGUCGUCGGCGAGGCGCGAUGCGCGAAGACCGUCGCCGACAGAUUCAAGGCGUUUUUGAGGGAGGGCCACCCCACAUCGGAAGUCGAGGCCGUCGACAUCUACGACUACCCGGACACGAAGAUCAAGCUCCACUUCUCCCACUUCAAGCGGUUGGGAAGCGACCGCGUGACGUGCUUUCCCGCGCCGCCGCACGCGUGCCGCGAUGAUCAUUUGAGGCGCUGGCCCGAGGGCCAGGAGUACCCCGACGGCUGCGACGAGGACGGCUGCGAGCCCAUCGCCGGGUCCGGUGAAGAGUUGUAACGCUAUUUCUUCUUCUU